AUGGCUUCCGCAAGCGCAGAGACACCAGUAACGGGCGAGUCCUUCAAGUCUGUCUUUGGACGCCGCCUCGAGCCCUAUCUCGCCCUGUCAAAGUCCGCCAAGGGCGCAGGCUGUGUUCAGCUCAUCAAGGAUGUCCUCGCUGCGCCUGGCGUCGUCGUCUUUGGUGAACUCCUCGCCAUGCCCAACGUUAUCGAGCUGAAGUCGAACCCUGAACAUGCUCGCUACCACCGCCUCCUCGAGAUUUUCUCGUAUGGAACCUACCAGGACUACCAACAGAACAAGGAUUCAUUGCCAGAGAUUACUGUGGCGCAAAGGACAAAGCUGUUGCAGCUUUCCAUCGUCACCCUCUCUGAGCGCGUCCGAGCUAUCCCAUAUGCACAUUUGUUGCAGUACCUGGAGAUUGACAAUGUGCGUCAAUUGGAGGACUUGAUUAUGGACGCCAUCUACCAGAACCUGAUUAACGCCAACCUGGAUCAGAAGCUCAAGCAGGUCGAGGUUCACUCUGCCAUGGGUCGUGAUCUUCGUCCUGGCCAGGCUCAAGACAUGCUCAGAGUUCUCGCCGAAUGGACAAAGACGUCAGAGGCACUGUUGAAGGCUUUGAACCACAAGAUGGACGAGGUCCGGGAGAACUAUGAAAAGGAGAAGGAGGCAAAGGUGGCCUUUGAGAAGGAGCUGGAGUCGAUCAAGAAGGAGAAUGCAGCAAGUGGAGGUGGAAAGCACCGCAAGAUGGGUGGUGGUGGCGGAAACCAAGGCUCGCACAUGAUGGAAUAUGAGAUGGAGCAACACAUGUUCCAGAGCCCCGAGUUCGCGAAUGAGUAUGCUCGUCUUGGUCACGGUGGCGGUCCAGGCAGCAAACGGACUGGCAAGCGUGUACAGAACCGUGGAUAA